UUUUUUUUUAUUUUUUUAUUUUUAUUUUUUUAUUUUUGUCUGGACGCUUUCUUUUAAUUAAACGUCAUGACGAAAAAAACCAACUUUACCUUCCAACCAGCACAACGCUUGAAAUAUAAACCAUUGUCUCGACCAACAACAACAACAGAUAUCCAUCCAACUUCCACACCUUCGACCAAACGCCCACGUCUUGCACCACUUCUUCUUGGUGGGGCAUUUCUAUAUGUCACAGCAACUUAUGUUAGUAUGAUUGUCUUCAAAAGCAAACAAGACACUAGUGAUCGUAGCCAUCCAUCCAAUACUCCAAUCUCAAAAGAAACAACAAUAACAACAACACAGCAAGUAACACCUGCUAAUUUUGACACCAGUUCUAUUUGGGGUCAAGUGGCGACGAGUUAUGACAAGGAAAUAGGAUGGGAUGAACGUGUGAUGGGGAUUGGCUUUUUACGACGCUGGUUAGUUGGACAAGCACAAGGCGAUGUCUUGGAAGUCUCGACAGGCACAGGACGUAACUUUGAUUAUUACAAGCCCAACAAGAUCGCCAGUCUCACUGUAACAGAUGAUCAUCCUUCCAUGCUUGACCAGGCAAAAUCAAAGUUUAUUCAACAGUACAAGGAUAAAUUCCACCACACUUUUACUAGCUUCCAAUCUGCCAAUGUCGAUCGUCCUGAAUCAUUGGAAAAACAGCGUUAUGAUACCGUCGUUGAUACCUUUGGUCUAUGUUCAUGUGCUGAUCCUGCUGGGGCCCUAGUAUCUAUGGCUGAUGCUUGUAAAUCUGAAGAAUCAAGGAUUUUAUUAUUGGAACAUGGUCGAUCACAUUAUGAUUGGUUGAAUCGUCUCUUGGAUACAAAUGUAGAUAAACAUGUGCAAAAAUGGGGUUGUUGGUGGAAUCGAAAUAUUAUGGAUUUAUUUGAACAAGAUCGAGUCAAAGAAAAAGUAGAAAUUGUUAGUGUAUCAAGAUGGCAUUUUGGUACGACAUGUUAUGUGGUAGCGAAACCCAAGAAGAAGAAGAAGAAGGAUAAUUAAACAACAAUAGAUAGAUGUGAUGUGUUUUUUUUAUAGAUAGUGAUUUUGUGUAUUAUAGUUGUUCAAUAAAAACUUAAUCUUUUUGUUUUA